AUGGCUUGCAUGAAGCUGGGAUCCAAAUCAGAUGCUUUCCAGAGACAUGGCCAAGCUUGGUUUUGCACAACUGGACUUCCAAGUGAUAUUGUCGUUGAAGUUGGAGAGAUGUCUUUCCAUCUUCAUAAGUUUCCUUUGCUCUCUGGAAGUGGAGUCAUUGACCAGGCGGCACUGGAAGAUCUUGAGAUUGAGAAGCUUGGUAAGACGGCAAAAGGUGGUGGUGGUGGUUUGAGAAGCGGUAGCAAAACGUGGUUUGGUAUUAAGCUGAAGUCACAUCAAAUGCGCAGUGCUCAAGAAGGGUCUUUGUCAAAGUCUAACAACGAGAAUGUGACGAUAGAGAAGCUUAAGGAUGUUGAAAGAACGUCGUGGAAAGCAUAA